UGUUUUAGGGUUUGUUCUCAGAUCUGGAUCAUGCUUGUGGAUUUGGGUCUCAAUUUUGAUUAGGUUUAUUCCAAUUGUUUUCGUAAAUGGAGAUCUCGAAGCCUGUCACUCCUGGCCAGGUUUCUUGUCUGCUUGGAUUUAUUCCUUUGUUUUUAGCAUGGCUUUAUUCAGAGUUAUUGGAACACAGAAAGAAGUCAGCUUCUUUGAAAAGUGACAGGGACUCGAGUAUUAAUUUGGUUGUCUUGGACAAUAUUUCCAAUAAAGAAGAUGAGAAUGCUCGAUUACUUGAAGCAGGCAUUCAAGUAGCAUCUCCAGAAGCUCAUAAUUCAUAUGCAACACCAAGCCUUGUCAGAUUUUUCCUGAUGGAUGAAGCCUUCUUACUUGAGAAUCGGUUGACAUUGAGAGCCAUAUCUGAAUUUGGUGCUUAUUUGGUGUACUACUACAUAUGCGAUCGCACAGAUUUGCUUGGUGAAUCAAAAAAGAGUUACAACCGAGAUCUCUUUCUAUUUCUCUACUCCCUUCUCAUUCUUGUUGCGGCUGUGACCUCUUUUAAGGUCCACCAUGAUAAGUCACCGUUCUCUGGAAAGUCCGUGCUUUAUCUGAAUAGACAUCAAACAGAAGAAUGGAAAGGAUGGAUGCAGGUGUUGUUUCUGAUGUACCAUUAUUUCAAUGCAAAAGAAAUCUACAACGCAAUUCGUGUAUUUAUAGCUGCUUAUGUAUGGAUGACGGGAUUUGGCAACUUCUCUUAUUACUAUGUCCGGAAGGAUUUCAGCCUUGCUCGAUUUGCCCAGAUGAUGUGGCGCCUCAACUUUUUCGUUGCCUUUUGUUGUAUUGUUCUUAAUAAUGACUAUACGUUAUAUUACAUUUGCCCCAUGCAUACUCUUUUCACCCUUAUGGUCUAUGGUGCAUUGGGACUUCUAAACAAAUACAAUGAGCUUGGAUCAGUGAUUGCAAUAAAGAUAGCCGCCUGUUUUCUGGUUGUUAUUCUUAUUUGGGAGGUCCCUAAUGUCUUUGACAUAUUAUGGAGCCCGUUUACAUUCCUUCUAGGGUACAACGACCCGGAUCCUUCAAAACCAAAACUGCCCCGCUUGCAUGAAUGGCACUUCCGAUCAGGUCUUGACCGCUAUAUUUGGAUCAUUGGAAUGAUAUAUGCCUACUACCAUCCAACUGUGGAGAAGUGGAUGGAAAAACUAGAAGAAACCGAAGCUAGAAAAAGAAUAUCAAUUAAGACCCUCGCCUUAUCAAUUUCUCUAUUGGUUGGCUACCUAUGGUUUGAGUACAUCUACAAGCUUGACAAGAUUACCUACAAUAAAUUUCAUCCCUAUACAUCAUGGAUCCCGAUAACUGUCUACAUUUGCUUGCGGAACCUUACCCAGCAGUUCCGAAACUGUUCCCUGACCCUCUUUGCAUGGCUUGGAAAGAUAACACUGGAGACAUACAUAUCACAAAUCCACAUAUGGCUUAGAUCAGGAGUGCCCGAUGGACAACCUCGAUUGCUAUUAUCUUUGAUCCCGAACUACCCAUUGAUGAACUUCAUGCUCGUUACAGCCAUAUACAUUGCGGUUUCACACAGACUUUUUGAACUGACAAACACACUCAAGACGGUGUUCGUACCAAGCCGAGACAAUAAGCGCCUAGUGCAUAACAUAGCCAUGGCAUCCGUCAUAGCUGUUGCUUUGUACUCCUUGGCAUUUGUCCUCCUUAAUGGUCCGAGGAUGAUCCAGGUGAACUUCUGAUCAAUAUGUAUAUUCAAAUGAAGAAGAAAUGCAGGCAAAGAAAAGAUGGCUUGCAUUUUUGGCUUGGAGAAAUGAGAUAUAAAACACGUUUUUUUUUUUAUUAUUGUAUAAAUUAUUAUAAAGGUGACUGAAAUUGAUGCUGGAAAGUGCCUUCAAUGGUGGUCCAUAAAUUUACAUCAAAAACUUAUUAUUGUCCAUGUUUAAUGGUGGGAAUCAAAUUGUAAAUUUCUAUAAA